GUCCUGCGAUAAGGAUGGGGCUGACGGAGUGGGUGGCGGACACGCUCAGCGUGCUGACCAUCCUCUCAUGUGGCUUCAUGAAGGUGCCGCAGAUCCAGCACCUGCGGCAGGCGAGGAACGCAGACGGGCUGAUGCUGCAAGCCAUGAUCAUGGAGAUAUCGGGCUACACAACAAUGACGCUGUACAACUACACGAACAGCUACUCGCUCAUCACCUACCUGGAGUACCCCCUGAUCCUGCUGCAGAGCUACAUACUGCUGUACUACACCCUGAAGUACAAGAGGAAACUGUACAGAACUGUGACGACGGCGUCCGCGGUCACGUAUUGGACGAUCGUUGUGUGCUUCGUCACCGGCAUCUUACCGAGCUCCAUACUUACGUAUCUGACGCCCCUGUGCACUCCUCUGAGCGGCAUGUCCAAGGUCAUGUACAUCGUCGGGAUCAUAAUGGACGGCAACGCUGAUGCUGUGUCGCUCACCACGUGGGUCAUCUCCAUCGCCACCAACUUGGCUCGCAUUUUCACCGUGUACACGGACUCUAAGGACUUCAACCUCAUGACCAACUUCACGAUCUCCACAAUCCUGAGCACCGGGGUCCUGGUCACCGCCAUCAUCUUCAAGUGCGGCCCGGAGCCCCCGCCGCCCUGCCCCCCGGACCUGCCCCGCAGUCGCCGGAAGAGCACACACGUUGAUUAAGGGUUUUAAGCAACUUUUAGAGCCACACUAGUUUGUCAGGCAUGAAAUGAAAAUGCCAGGAAAGUGACGAAGUGAUGUCUUCAGCUUCCUCGGAUAAUGCCAUAACCCGGUCAGGGCGGUUGUUGCGAUUCCUCCAAUUUAAGCAAUCAUUGAAAGGCGCCUUUGAUCAUACAGAUGUCGUGCAUAAUUGUUUUCCAUCGUAUUUUCUUGGAAACCUUCGUAUUUGUCAUGCUACUUCAGUCAACGUCAGUACUUUUUGUACCGAUACUGACUGAAAUAGCAACACGUUUCCGUAUGUACGUAUCCGUGAAUUAUGCACUAC